GGAUUGGACAGCACCUGAGGGCCUGGGGAUAUAAAGGGAGCAAUGGGAAAACAGAUACUUACACAGGCAACAUGAAGCUCCUUCUGCUCUUGGGAUUGGUAGCCGUCGCUCUCUGUGAGCCGACCCGUUUUGAGGGGGAUAAAGUCUUCCGUCUGAAACCUGUGAUCGAUUCGCAUGUAUCAUUCAUCAAGGAGCUGGCCAGCAGCUUGAAGGUAGACUUCUGGAGUCCCGACAGCGCUGAGUUGGUCACUAUUGACAUUGAUGUUGACAUCCAUGUUCCUGCCUCUCACAGUGACAUGGUCUUCAUCAUGCUGGAUCAGAGCGGCAUCAACUAUGAGGUGCUGAUUGAUGAUCUGCAGGCUGCUGUUGAUGGUCAGCUGGACAGCAGCACGCACACCAGGUCUCAUGACUACACGAAGUACAACAACUGGAACACAAUCCAGGACUGGGUCAUCUCCAUCACCUCAGCCAACCCGACCCUGAUCAGCAGAACUACUAUUGGAAACACCUACGAGGGACGACCCAUGCAUCUGCUCAAGAUUGGAAAGAGCUCCGGCUCCACCAAACCUGCCAUCUUCAUGGACUGUGGUAUCCACGCCAGGGAAUGGAUCUCCCAUGCUUUCUGCCAGUGGUUCAUCAAGGAGGCUGUGUCCACCUAUGGAUCUGACCCCAAGAUAACCAGCCUGCUGGACCAGAUGGAUGUCUUCGUUUUGCCCGUCUUCAAUGUGGAUGGCUAUGUGUACAGCUGGACUAACAACAGGAUGUGGAGGAAGACUCGCUCUAAGAAGAGCGGCUCCAGCUGCGUGGGUGCUGACCCCAACAGGAACUUUGAUGCUGGGUGGUGCACUUUGGGAGCCUCCAACAGCCCCUGCAGUGACACCUACUGUGGCGCCAGCGUUGAGUCUGAGAUUGAGGUCAAGAAUGUCGCUAACUUCAUCCGCCAAAACAGGUCCAUUAUUAAGGCCUACCUCACCAUUCACUCCUACUCCCAGCUGCUCCUGUUCCCCUACUCCUACAAAUACGGACUGGCCGCAGACCACUCAGAGCUGCUCAGUGUGGCAGAGGCAGCCUCUCAGGUUCUGGGCAGCCUGUAUGGGACCAAGUACACCAGCGGCCCUGGGGCCACCACUAUCUACCCUGCCUCUGGGGGCUCUGAUGACUGGGCCUAUGACCUGGGGGUGAAGUACGCGUACACUUUCGAGCUCCGUGAUACCGGCUACUACGGCUUCCUUCUGCCUGAGUCCCAGAUCAAACCCACCUGCGAGGAGACGAUGUUGGCCGUCAAGUACAUCGCUGCCUACGUGCAGAAGAAUCUGUACUGAGAAGGGAACCCUAGAGAACUCUAGAGAUGGACCCAGAUUGAUACAUAUCAAACUCAUAUUCAGCGCUUCUAUCGUGCAUGUGAGCAGUGAAAAUAAUAAAACGUGCAGUGUUAUACUCUCCUCA